AAGACGGAUGGAUUGCAUCGAAGUGAAGUUUUAUUUUCUUCUCUCUUGAGUUCCAGACACGCCCUUAAUUUGCAGUUCUACCCGGCGCAGCUCGGAAACCAAAAUCAGAUCAGAAAUCGAAAUCUCCGAUCACCGUUCCCAGCCUCCCGCCAUGAGCGCUCCGGCGAUUUCUGGAGGCACGAGUUCGUUCGGUGGAUUUACUCGGCUGUGCAAAGGCCUAGCAGUAGUACUUAUUGGUGGACACAUUGUCGUUCAGAUCCUUCCAUCUGCUGUUACUUAUCUCGCACUCAUCCCCGCCAGGACAAUUCCCUUUGCUUGGAACCUCAUAACAGCAGGGUACAUUGAACCAUCUGUACAUGGGGUGAUCAUCAGCACACUCGGUCUCCUUUUCAUCGGAAAGCUGCUUGAACCCAUUUGGGGUUCUAGGGAGUUCCUGAAGUUUAUCUUUAUAGUUAACUUCUUGACUUCCCUAUGUGUCUUUGUUACAGUUAUUUCCUUGUACUAUACAACAAGACAGGAAAGUUACCUUUACAUGCCCCUUUCCGGCUUCCAUGGGAUCCUUGCAGGAUUCUUAGUUGGCAUUAAGCAAAUCAUACCUGAUCAGGAGUUGUCCAUAUUGAGAUUAAAAGCCAAGUGGCUACCUUCUCUAACACUGUUGGUGUCUGCUAUUAUAAGUGUCUCUUUGGGAGAUUCAUCUACAUAUCUUCCAACACUAAUAUUUGGCACAUAUAUGAGUUGGAUUUACCUAAGAUAUCUGCAGAGGAAACCAGAAACAAAACUUAAGGGUGAUCCAAGCGAUGAAUUUGCAUUUUCCACAUUCUUCCCUGAAUUUUUAAGACCAGUAAUUGACCCUGUGGCUUCAAUAUUUCACCGGAUGCUAUGUGGAAGAUCUGAAACUUCGAAUGAGGCCAGGGGUUAUACUUUGGGUGGUGCCCCAUUGCCUGGUUCUGACUCCAUUGAGGCUUCUAGGAGGAGGGAAAGGGGUGCUCGAGCACUGGAAGAAAGAUUAGCUGGAGAGAGUUUGACUGCUGCAAAGAAUGCAGAAGAAUUGUCGCAUGACGGCCCAGAAAAUGUUUAGGUCCUGAAAACUCUUUUAACUUUCAAUAUCUGAAACAGAUCUCUCGUGCACUGUUUGUGGGAUGAAGGCUCUCUGGAUUCUGGUGGAAAGUUUUGUCAUGUGUUUGCCUUAGAACUUAGAUCAUCUAUCAUUCACUUGGUACAGAAUAUAGCUUUCUUUUCUUGUGGUUACUUCAACGGUGAAAUUCUUCACAUAUGCCUUUGUCCAUCAUAAUAUAUAUAAUCUCAACAGAAAUGGAAGGUAAUGUUGAACGUGUUUUC